GACCAUGGGAGCAGUCACGUGAAUCAUCCCGGCGCAUAGCGGCGCGCUUGUUGUUUUGGAAUGCGGCCAACGCUAGCACGCAUGUAGCGUCGGAACGAUCGUGUUCAUAAGCUUUCCGACGGUCUAAAAUAACCUUUGGGACUUCUAGAAAUGUGAUCUGAUGAAAUUGAAAAUUGAAGUGGCGUAUACAGCGCGUCGCGGACUCUCGCGUCUGCUUGUGUGGCAACUGACGCCGGCGUUUUGCCUAACGUAGUGCACGCCUCUGAACGGUCUCAACCUCAAGCCUACUAGCUGUCUCAAAUUGUUAUUCUCAUCAAAAGAUGGCCGAAGGGAACGUUAACCACCACAGCGCGGAGGGCCACCAUAGAAUGAUAGAAGUUGAGAAAAUGAUUGCAGCGCUUGACCUGUGUUCUGUCGGAGGUUGCUCGGGGGAAGAGAUGCACGCCACCGUGCAAAACCUCCGUAAAAUGAUAGAAGCGGAGAAAGUAGAAGCCGUGGCUCAGAUAGAUAAAGAGCUCUUCCGGUUGCGUGACGAGCUUGUUCGCAAAGUUGAAAGUGCGUACAAGCACAAGCAAAAUUUUUUGAGCCAUAUAGACGAGCAAAUACAGCUCAAGAGACAAGUAAUCGAUCCUGUUAAGUUCUUCCGGUCUGACGCCGUGCGUUCCCUGCUGACCUUGGAACUGAGGUGCGUGGAGGGCUUCAGGUGCGAGUCCUUUGCUUACAUCCGCGCCUGUACCGUCUUACCGCAAAGGAUGCGCUUCAUCGACAAUUAUGAAAAACAUAAGUACCAUGUCGGUAGCAGUGUCAUGAUGUACUACAUGUCUUCCAUGGGCUAUGACCCUGAGCUUAUUCACUAUGCCAAAGCUUCCGCUAAUCAUGAAGGAGGCAACGAAGAGGUAAAAGUAUCAAAUACCGAUCUUCUGAAUGGCAUGUACCUUUUGGAGUUUGUUGCUGUUAGGGAAGGAACCUAUGACGUCCAUGUGACACUGUUUGACCAGCACAUUAAUGGAAGUCCCCACAAAAUAACUGUUCAAGGUGCAGUGGCACAUAAGGGACCGCAUGAACUUGAAUCUGCAGACACCGGAACGCAAAACCUAAGCACGGUACCUGGCGGCACUGCUGCAGCAGGGGUUAUGGAUAUUGGCAGUGCCAGUGUGUCAAAUGCCACAGGUCAGAUGGCUAUACCUGUUGUUACAACAGAAUUUCAGAGGCCAGUUGUUGCUCCUGAAGGGCAUUGCAAAGAGCUUGUCACGACAAAUACAAAUGAUCUGCUCAGUGACCUUCAGCAGCCAUUUGUAAAAAGCUUAUUAUCGUCAAUGGUAGAACCGAGCCUCUCUGACCCUCCUGGCAAGAGUUCAGAACCACCACCAAAAGAUGCUCUCAGCAAGUUCUUCUCACACAUUGAGCUCCCUCGUCAACAGACAACUGUUACAAAGCAUGAACCAUUGAGGGGUCAGAAAAGUGCUAUAAGUGGAUCAUCACUGGGUUCGUCAAGCUACAGCAGCCUGCAUUCUUCCAAACCUCUACAACCUGUCAGUCUCAACGUACAAUCCGUGGACAUCACCAAAGGGAAAAACACUGCCUUCACUGCUUCAUCUCUGCCUAAUAGCAAGCCUGGUGCAGCAGCUCCACUAACCGAUGGUGGAAAAAGCAUGGGAGACCCCUUGAAGCCAACCUAUGUUGUAACAACCGUUGCUCCCGACUCGUCGACAAAGGGCUCAUCUGCUAGCAAAAAGGUGUCUCUAACUUCAACUCUCAAGAAAGAGCCUGUUGGUUUUUCAGGAACCAUCACUGCAAAGCUGACUCUGGAAUUCGAAUCCUACAAGAACACUAAGUUUGCAUUUCCAAUAGGUGUGACAGCUACACCAUCCGGAAAUAUAAUCAUUGCUGACACUUCCCAGAACAGAGUUGUGACAUUUGACCCUGAAGGAAGGCCUCUUCACAAAGCCAUCUUUUCUGGCUCGUCAGAGUCUUUCCGCCGACCAUCGGCAGUUGUGGCUCUCAAGGACGAAUCGUAUGCUGUGAAGGACGAUUUCUGCAUCUACGUAUUCUCCAAGAAUGGCGAGUUCAUCCGUACACUAGGAAAGAACAGCCUGUGCAAGCCCUAUGGUCUGGCGAUUCAAGGGGAGGAGAAUUUGUUCACCCUCUCUCUUGGCGAUGCUGUGCCAACAUUGCGGUGCUUCAGUGCAUCAGGGAACUUUGAGCAAUGCAUGGUGUAUGGGCCGCUUGUGCCAUCGCCACCUGCUGGCUCCAAAUGCCGCUUCAUGGAUGUGCACGAGGGCCACAUCUUUGUCUCUGACCUAGGUUUGAGCUGCAUGUACAAGACCGAUAUGAGAGGGGUGCUGGUGUCUACUUUCGGCACCAAGGGCAAGGACCGGGGCCAGAUAUUCGAGCCAUCUGGUGUGAGUGCUACGGAACGCUGCAUUUUUAUUGGAGACAGCAAGAACAACCGUGUGCAGGCAUUUGAUGCCAAUGGAAAGUUCAUCACAGUGGUGAAGAUGGCCUCGGGGAUCAUCAGACCUUCAGGGAUUCAUGUGUCUGACAAGGACAGACUUUACGUCUUAAAUUACUUGCAUGGUGCGGUUGGUGUGUACAACCUUCAGUUUAAUGAGUUUACAUCCUAAUGGGGAGAGAUGCGAAGCAUCUGCCCCCUCAGCUAGACUAGCUGUUUUCCGAUAUUUCUUUUUUUUAAGAGGUGAAAAAAAGAUUAGCAGCUUUAAAACCAAAUGUAGUGCACUGAAAUAAGGCUGGUGUUCCGCACUCUAAAUGUUUGUUGUUUUAAUAGGAAAUUUCUUUAAAUGUUAUUUGUUAUAUAGCCGUGUUAGCUUUGCCCUAAAUGUGUGAUCAUGCAGUGCCUUGUUUGUAAUGUGUUGCAGUUUGAAGUGGUACUUGUGAUAUAAUUGUGCAAGUUUUGUUGUAACUGUCUGACCGGUGCCUUGUGUGUAAUAUAUGUUAUGUGUUUGUGUGUAUUUGUUUUUCAGAAAACUAUGUGUUGCAUUGAAGUGACAGUUCUGAUAUAAUAGUGCAAGUUCUGUCCUAACUGUGUGACCGGUGCCUUGUGUGUAAUAUGUUAUGUUUUUGUGUGUAUUUAUUUUUCAGAAAAAAACUGUUAUAAUUUAUGUGCAUUGAGAGAAUGCCAUCUGGGCUUUUUUUUCCCUUACAUUUUCUCUCUCAAGGUAGCCACAUCAGUUUAGUCAAGUUCAUCAUCAUGUGUUCUCUAUUUCUACUUUACUGAAAAAUAAAAUAGUCAGAAAGUGAA